UUGUUCAUGGCACUCGGAUGCUCCCGAGAGCCUUCACGGUGAGGGCGGAGGCCCCGCCCCAUUCGGUGGUUCAAGACGUGUUGGGUGGUUCUUCCGCGCUGACCGGCGCGGCGGGCGUGAACUGCGUCUGCAACGGGUACUAAAUGGGAGGGAGGCCGAGGAUUAGCAUCACGUGGCUUUAGGGACCGUCUCCUAAUUCCGCGCCAGCCUACCGGUGUUUAGGUCCUGAAGGCGGAUCUACCUUCCCCAUCCGCGCCGGGCCCUGUCCCCGCCGACCCACAAGUUUCAAGAGGACACAGGCUGAAAACGGCGGCUUUCGUAGGGAAUCGGACCCAACGCUAGUGCCAGAGCUUAAGAAAGCAAACCCGAGUCUCCGGAAUAGAUGAUGACGGAUAUAAUUAAUUAGUCCUGUGGCUGUGUAAGGCAGUGAACGCUGGCAUGCCUCCCAGUUACACACGGACCGAGGCUCAGAGAAAUACACCUAUCCUAGAAGCCGCACACCUAAGGAGAUACCAUCCUCCGAUUGGAACUCUGACCUAUUUAACUCCAAAAACUAAUCAUGUCUGGGAGAGUUUUUGCAUUAACUGCUCAGAGAAAACACGACCAUCUGUCUGCAAAUCCCAAGCCUAGGGAGAGGGGCUUGGGCGUAUAAGGCAAUUUUCAGACACUCCCUGCAGUGGCGAUAGCCCGACCUGUCCUUCAGCCUCGGACUACUGGCGGGUUCUCGCCCGGUGUUAGCCAAGUGCCGGUGGAGACAGGGUUGUGGUGAGACUCUAAUCUGCAGUGACUCCAACCUUGCGGAGGACGUCAUGUCGGAGCAGCAGCGGCCGGGCGCCGAGCGCGACCUCUACCGGGACACGUGGGUGCGCUACCUGGGCUACGCCAAUGAGGUGGGGGAGGCUUUCCGCUCCCUGGUUCCUACAGCGGUGGUGUGGCUGAGCUACGGCGUGUCCAGCUCCUAUGUCCUGGCCGAUGCCAUAGACAAAGGCAAGAAGGCAGGAGAGGUGCCAAGCCCUGAAGCAGGCCGCAGCACCAGAGUGGCCCUGGCUAUGGUAGACACCUUUGUGUGGCAGUCUCUGGCCUCUGUGGUCAUCCCCGGCUUCACCAUCAACCGUCUGUGUGCCGCCUCUCUCUAUGUCUUGGGCACUAUGACCCGCUGGCCCCCGACUGUCCGCAAGUGGACCACCACUACGCUCGGGCUGCUGGCCAUCCCUGUCAUCAUCCACCCCAUUGACAGGUCAGUGGACUUCCUCCUGGACUCUAGCCUGCGCAAGCUCUACCCGUCAGUGGGGAAGCCCAGCAGCCCCUGACCCUUCCUGUGCCUUGCCCGGGAUUGGCCCACUCACAUCAAAGAACGUGGAUAUGUGGCUGUUUGGGGUCCAUGGUGCUGCCAUCUGGGUGGGUUCGAAUUGAUGGGGCUUAGAGCAGAAGGCCUUGAGGAGUGGUGGGCAGUGAGUCCCAGGUGGGACCCAACCCCGUCUGUAUUAGUAGCCAUGGUUGUGCUGAGUGGGAACGGACUCUGGUUGGCCUGUCUUUUGAAACCUUUUUUUUUUAAAGUAUUUAUGUGUAUAAGUGUUUUACUUGCAUGUAUGUAUGUGCAGCACCCUUAGAGGUUAAAAGAGGUGAUGAGAACCCCCUGAAACUGGAGUUAGGGAUGGUUGUGAGCCACCAUGUGGGUGGGUGCUGAGACUGAAUCUGGUUCCUCUGUAAGAGCGGCCAGUGUGCUCUAACCACUAAAGUACCUCGUAGCCUCCGGGCCAGUCUUUGGAUGGAAAAGUUAUAUCCUCCCAUGGAGGAGAAGGAUGUUCGGGCCGGAGAGGGUGGGAAAUACUCUUGAGAUCACGUGACAAGUGAGGACCAGGCUUCCAGCUAUUCUAAGUCACUUUGUGGUAAUGUGGCUGAGUGAUUUAGGGAAAGAUACAGAGGCUACAGCAUUUGGGACACUCAGGACAGAGUCUCUGGCCAGCCCAUCCCUGCUGCAGGAGCUGCUGGGGCCUGGUUGAGAGGCAGGACAAUCACAACCCAAGUGCUAGCCUAAUAAAACUUUCAAACAUG